AUGGAUCUGUUACUCAACAGCUCUGGGGAUCUUCCAGCUAAACACUUUCCCAUCACCGCGCCCAGCAUCGUCAAGAGCCGCGCCCAUACCUCCCGCAACCACUUCGUCCGCGCAACAGCCAAGCGCCAGUCUCAGCACAAGGGCUCUAAUCUAUGUCGCGAUACUGGCUUUCCAUGCACGACGUCAAACAGGGGAGAAUCGCAUUGCCACCGCUGCGGUCAACAGGAUACAAGCACAGGAGGUGCGCGCCGGCCCCAGCUCGAGCAGAUCUUGCACUUUGAGAUCUCGACAGGGAACCUGCAGCGCGCGAAUCCGCGGUGGACAAACGUUCACCGAAACCGCAUCGCCCGGAACCAUCAUCCCGCCUCUGGCCUCGGAUGGUCCGAUGAGGUUGAGGGCAGGGAUCUUGCCCAUAGCAAGAUCCCUCUGCCCAGCGACCGCUUUCGCCUCGUGAGGAGGCCUACGCUUGAGAGAGAGGAGGCUUUCCGCGAUGCUACCACAGCAAGAGGGAAUGUCUAUCUGGGACGUCAGAUGCCUAUGAAUGAGGAUGACCAAGUUGCUGAGCUAUAUCGUAUGGGUCUGUUGUAUGACGACGAGCAGGAUCGUGGCGAGGGUUUCAGUCUUGACAGUAUCAAGCACGAAGAACCCAUCUACUCCAUCCGCCCUGCCAAACGCUCCCGCAAGACCAAGCGAUCCCAAAGUUUCAACUUCAAUCAACCUCUACAUCUAGACCUCUCCUUCACAGACCUCGGCGGCGACCAGACCAUCGCCCAAAUCCUCUCCAGCUCCUCCCCCUCGGACGACGGCUCACUGCCCGACUCUAACGGCCCCUCAUCACGCUCCUUCGCGCCCCUGCGCGUGAUAUACGAGCUCGACGGGUCACAGCCCUCUUUCGACGUAGAUACCUCACAACCGCCGGAUCUGGUAUCCGACAUGCUCUCCGACUACGACUGUUUCUCCGACAGUGAGCUCGACGACCUCCCUUCGCAGCGCGAGGUCCAUGACAGUGCAGCCACGCCAACCUCUGAGCCCUGGGUAGUGCUAGGAGACGACUCGUAG